UCGCCCGAACUGUUCCCACUACCAGUUUGAAGCGAACACUCGUGCGGUGGAGUCGAGCUCGUCCCCACAUAUCUCUGUCCGUCUCCGUCCCGUCACCGUGCCCAUAUAGUAUAAGCCCAGUUCCCACAGCACUACAGCACCGAUAUCCAGUGGAAAUAUACAAAACAGAUCAACAAAACCUCCCCCCACCGUCCGUCUCGAGUGUCCAUUUCAUUCCCAAGAGUUUUUGUGCAGUCAAGUACAACCGAAAAUAUUUUUUUUUUCUGUCUUUCGGUUGGGCUUUCUGUGUGGCUCGCGCCCCGACUCGAGCUUUUUUUUUUUAUUAAACAAUUAAGAGUCAAUUUACAUAGGCAAAAGCUGUAAAAGGAAAACCGCCAAAAUUGGUUACCUAACGAAAACUUCGUUUGUGCUACGGGAAGGCAACAAAAGCCGCCAGCCAUCAAGAACAUAUCCGUUAUCCUUCCCAUUCCAAUUCAUUUGCAUCAUCAUCCAUUCUUCACAUCGGAUUCUUAUCAGCUUUAGACAAAAGACGACGACAUGGGCUUCAGUUCGCGCAUGGACUGCUGCGGGCAGUUCGUCAAGUACAGCCUUUUCAUAGCCAAUUUUGUCAUAUUCGUGGGUGGCGCCAUUGUCUUCUGUCUGACGCUGUGGACGCUCGUGGAUCGGAGUUUUGUCAAUGAGCUGCUGGGCACGAAUCUGUUUUCAGGCGCUGUCUACGUCCUGCUGGUUACAUCGGUCAUCAUUUGUAUGGUCUCGUUUCUGGGCUGUCUGGGUGCCGGCAAGGAAGUUAAAUGUUUGCUUCUAACGUAUUUCAUAAUCGUGGCUCUGGUUUUCGUCACUAUGCUAAUUGGCGGCGUCUUGGGCUAUGUGUUCCGCGAACGGGUGCAGCAGACCAUGCGGCAGGAAAUGCGCUCCACCAUGGCCCUGUAUGGCAGCCGACGUGAGAUUACCCAGGCCUGGGAUCUCACCCAGGAGCGACUGCAGUGCUGCGGCGUGGACACGUGGCAUGACUGGAAUCGCUAUGGACCGGUGCCCGAGUCCUGCUGCCAGGAGCUGUUCGGCGGACAGCGCAAGGAGUGCACCAUCUUUCCAACCAUCACGAAUCUGUACAAUCAGGGCUGCCUCUAUGUGACGACCAAUUUCAUACGGGAUCAUGCAGCAGUCAUUGGUGGCACCUCCAUAGCGGUGGCCAUUCUCAUGAUCUUUGGCAUGAUAUUCUCUUGUCUACUGUUCAACAUGAUUGAAUAGCGCCAAAGAGUUGUGCGAGGAGUAGUUGGAGUUGCCCCCAGUACGAAGGAGGAGACACAUUUUUGAAUGUAUUCGAAUAGAGUUAUACUAGGAGUAUUAUCCGAGGGUACAACUAUGAUAUGUUGGACACUGCAUUCCAUAUGCGUUCCAUAUGUCCAUAAACAAUAUUCCCAGAGUUUUAGAUACGCAUAUCUAGUGAAGUGAAUUG